UCGAACAGUCACACAACUGCGGACCUCCUCCACUCCCAGGACAGCUGCAGCAGUCGCCUCCCAACCACAGCCGAUAUGCAGAGUGUCGCCGUCCUCGCCUGCCUGCUGGCCGCCGCCCACGCCGGGCUCGUAGCGCCGGCCCACCUCCCCGCGGCUCCAGCGCCGGCGCCGGCCCACGCCGUCGUCUACGACCACUACGCACCGCCCAGCUACAGGUUCGACUACGCCGUGGCCGACUCGCACACGGGCGACGCCAAGACGCAGUUCGAGCACCGCGACGGCGACCGCGUGACCGGCGCCUACAGCCUCAUCGACGCCGACGGCACGACCCGCAUCGUCGAGUACACGGCCGACGACCACAACGGCUUCCAGGCGGUCGUGAAGCGCAUCGGACACCCGACGCCGGCGCCGCCCAGGGCCGUGGUCGUGGCCGCCCCUGCUCCGGCACCCGCCGCCCACGCGCCUGUGUACGCCGCCCCCGCUCCUGCCCCCGCUCCCGUCGCCCACGCCGCUGUUUACGCCGCCCCCGCACCGGUGUACGCCGCCGCCCCCGCCCCAGCUCCCGCCCCCGCCGCCCACGCAGCUGUCCUGGCCGCCCCCGCUCCCGCCGCCCACGCAUACGCCUACCCGGCUGCUGGUCACGGUCCUGCGCCUUACCACGAGAUUUCGUUUCCGAUGUUACACAAUACCAAGGAGGGCGAAACUAUUUUAAUUGAUAGUAGUAGUAACAGCAGUAACGCCCAUCCUGCCCCCGCGGCUCCAGCGCCGGCGCCGGCCCACGCCGUCGUCUACGACCACUACGCGCCGCCCAGCUACAGGUUCGACUACGCCGUGGCCGACUCGCACACGGGCGACGCCAAGACCCAGUUCGAGCACCGCGACGGCGACCGCGUGACCGGCGCCUACAGCCUCAUCGACGCCGACGGCACGACCCGCAUCGUCGAGUACACGGCCGACGACCACAACGGCUUCCAGGCGGUCGUGAAGCGCGUCGGACACCCGACGCCGGCGCCGCCCAGGGCCGUGGUCGUGGCCGCCCCCGCUCCGGCCCCCGCCGCCCACGCGCCUGUGUACGCCGCCCCCGCCCCUGCUCCAGCCCCCGUCGCCCACGCCGCUGUUUAUGCUGCCCCCGCCGCUCACGCUCCGGUGCACGCCGCCCCCGCCGGCCUCGCAGCUGUCCUGGCCGCCCCCGCUCCCGCCGCCCACGCAUACGCGUACCCGGCACCAGCGCACGGUCCCGCGCCUCACCACCUUUAGGCGUGACGCCCAUCAGAAUUCAUCGUUUUUCUCCGCAUAGUUGUCCGUAAGAGAGUUGUAUCAUUACAUAAACGACCCGUCGCCAUCUCGCAUACAACUUCAGCACUGUUGACUCAUCACUCUUUUAUCGUCCAUUACCAUGUAUUUUCCAAAACGAGCAUGUAAUGUAAAAUAAACUAUAUUUUCUAAA